GCUAGCUAGGCCCGUGCUGCGAGCUCGCUGCCCACCUUCCGCUUGCCGAGUCGCGCCGUCUCGUUGCGCUGGUGCCAAGAGCCGCGUCGGAUGGCGACCGUCCGAGCCGGCCCUGCGUAUCCGCGAGCCGACGUCCAACACUGACACGCCGGGCAACGAGAUUCUUUCCGGGGUAAACAUGCAUCUCAGUGCUCUGGGAACACCAAGUUCGCCGCAGCGUCUGCUGCUGGCGCUUUCCACCAUCGCCAUCGGGCUGACCAAUCCCAGAGUUGAAGCGACGUUCACGGUGGAGCUGGUGUCCCCGCGCUACGUGCUGCAGGGCCAAUCGGUGCAGCUGCGCUGCGAGUACGACGUGCAGAGGGAGCAGCUGCACAAGGUGGAGUGGUUCCACGGCGCCAAGAAGAUCGUCCAGUUCAUCACCGGCCGCAAGCCGCCCUUCAAGUAUUUCGACAUACACGGCGCCGUCAUAGACCGCAACGUGAGCGACGAGAACCACCUGUGGCUGCGCGACAUGCGGUUCGAGGCGUCCGGCCUCUACUCGUGCGAGGUGUCCACGCAGGCGCCCAUCUACACCAAGCGCUCCGACGAGAGGGAGCUCGCCGUCAUACAGCCGCAGCAGGACGCGCCUCAGGUGUGGGCGAGCAGCGAGUCCUACCAGCCUGGGGAGACGCUCAGCGCCAACUGCAGCUCGGCGCCGGCCCGGCCAGCCCCCAGCCUCGAGUGGCUCGUCAACGGCCUCACGACGCACCAGGGGCGGCACAACGUCUCGCAGGAGCCGGACGGCGAGCAGCAGGCGCUGUUCCGCGCCACCUCGCGCUUCAGCCUCCAGCUGAUGCCUCACCACACGGGCCGCCUCGCCCUCACCUGCCUCUCCACCGCCCCCGCCGCUCCUGACCAGGACCGCCACCAGCUGCAGGAGACUCUCACCGUGGAGGUGGUGCAGCCGGCGAGCUCCGGCGAGGCGCAGGCGGCGCUGGUGAGCCCGCGGGUGCUCUUCCUGGUGCUGGUGGUGCUGUCGCUGGUGCUGCCCGCCGCCUCCGCCUCGGUGGUGCUGCUGGUGCGAUGACGGCGCGCGCCCGCAGACGCCAGCGCCGCGGCGCCGCAGGCCGGCGCCGCCGCCCUCGCCUGCAAGCCGCUGCCCCGCGACGGCGCCGACGCCGCCUUCUAGGCGCCGCCGCCUUCUAGACGGGCGUCCCGCGCCAUCAGCGGGCAUGUCAGUUUUAAAAACAAAGGACUGUCGCUCUCUGACUCUCUCUGCCGCACAAACUCAUCUUCCAGGACACCGAAACGUUUCUCGUCUCACCGCGUGUGGUAGUCGCUACUGCGCACGCCGCCUUUCGCCUCAGCCGUGGGGAAGCGUGUGGGUGGGCACAGCACUCGAAACGGCCGUGUAUUACCUCAGACAAGUGCGUAGAUUGCUCCUAACUGACUGCUUACAUCUCAUAUAGAGAAAAAAAUAAGUCAAACGUCAUUAGGAAUCUCUUUCUUCCUAAUAAAGAUCGAGGUUAUAUUGCGCAAGAGAAGCUGCCAAAUUACAUACCGUUCAUUAUGUGCGUAGUAACUAAUUCCAGUGUAACAGCAAUAAUUUAUAGCCACUGUUAUUAAAAUCAGCCGCCAACUAAAACAGAGAAGAAGAAAAAUCACAGAUUUAUCGAUGAAUCCGACGGCUGAUUGCUUUACGUAACCUGCGCAGCACUUUCUAAUUGGAAGUUCUGUCUUGAUUCAUUGUAAGACAAAUCCUAGCAGCGCCGCCGCAGCAAUGCAUCAAUCACGCCUGUGUGACAUUCAACUGACCUGUUUCAGAACGUCACUACAUCGGUGUGAUUUAUUAUUUUCAAUAUUUACACCAACAACUCGUAGAUCUCAAUGAAUUGCAAAUUUCGACGAAAAAUGUCGCUGCCCACAUUAACUAGCCUACAGACGGAUGAGGCAAAGAUGUAGGGAAGACCGUGAACGCGAAACAUAUACACACAUGAUCUCACAGAACUCACUACGAUUUUUCUCUAAGCCGAGAAACUACCAUGGUGGCAGUAAAAUUUAUGACAAUGUAAACAGUAUCUUUGUAUCUACGGCAGCGGUAAUGUAUUUACUCACAACUAAUUAUUUCAUUCUUCUCGAAUACAAGGCUAUGUGAAAUGGCGCCCUAUAAAAUUACAUCAGUUGCAGCCAUGGUAAUACAUUAAUAUCAUGCUGGAGAAUUUAAGUAAUUAGCUUCCCCUCCCCCAUUUCUCUUACGUUCUUACACACAAAACACCAUGUACAUUACAAUAUAACAUUAUCAUAUACUUAUUUUUCAAAGAGGUUCUAUUUAUUCACAAUUCCUACCCCAGCUACUCUGGUUAACGAAUUUUAGAAAUAUGGCUGUCGAUUAGAAAAAAGAAAUAGUCCAGGUAACAAAAACGUAAGAGAUACACAUCACAAAUUUUUGUGUACUUCCGAUAUUGGCACCAAGGAUAAAAUAAGAAAGUGCUAAGAGUACGUCACGAUGAUUGUGAUAAUUUGAUAGGAGACAUUGACGCUGGCUACCGAACUCCACAGCACAGAACACACGAGGCUUAAAACAAGAAAAGUCACACGUCUCUGACUCAUGAAGUUAAUCCAAGCGGAAUACAUCGUAUUUUGAGCAAGUAGUGCAUUUGUGAAAAUAGACUUAGCAAGAUCACCACAAGGCGAUUCAAAUAGAAUAAGUUAACGAAAUUGAGGGAGAAUGGUGAUCCAAAGGGAACGUCAAACCUGUUUUGAUUGCACGUAUCUAAUCAUUAAUCAUAAGUCAAAACAUUUUAAAACCGCAUAACAUACUGCAAAUAGUGCCAAGUAUUAUUGUUUCUGGUUUGGUGCCAUAGGUAGUGUACCAUUCGUACUACCCUCAGAGUUUGUUUCAGUACCUCAUCUUGAACUAGAGUGUGGGACACGAAACUUGUGUGUAGAUGACGAGAGAGAUUACUUGGUGACAUCGGCAGUGUGUUCUGUGUCACCGCACUAGCUAUCAGUUCCUCAGUCCUUCUAAACUCUAAAGAGAUUUCACCAUCAUGCUCUGAGACUUGGGAAAGAGCACAGUGGAUACUGUCACAUUUAACACUAGCACGGCACUCGAAAGGAACAAACACAAGUAUUGGCAUUGCAAAAAGGGAAACGAAGCAUGAUAAAUAUAUUUUUCUUCUCUUAGUGGGCUGUUAGCGUUGCCUUUCUACGAGUGAGACUGUAGAUUUAUUAGGAUGACCGUAUUGACAUGGGAGAGUCGGAAAAACUGAAUUGUACAAACGUAUUGCGAACGCCAUCGCCGAGAAUAUUUCGCACUGACUGUAUCGAGACAAUCAAUCACAAUCAGGAAACGUCAACUACGGAAUAGCUGCAAAUCAUUUUUCGUGUAACGCUAUGAUGACCACGCAACACAAAAUCUAGAAAUUGUCAGGUAAACUGCUCCUCUUGCCGUUAGUACAGCGGUGUUUCUCUUUUACAUUCUUACUGGUAACAGAAAUAUGGCGAAAAGUAACGACUACGAAACUUUGACCCGGUCUCUGAGUACGCGAUGGCAAUCGUAUAAACGCAAACAGAAUCUUGGGACUCUUUAGAAUUAUUACUGAACAUCAUGUUCCAUUUUUAGUGUUGAAAUUAAUAAUUUGAGCCGAAAAAUUUGUCUUCUCAAAAAUCCUUUUGUUUUAUGCCUAUCAGGUCUAAACUAAAUACUCUUUGUGACAGCUUUGUAAUUAGACGCGGCUUCAUAAAUUCGACGGUUGCACGAACGUUUCUUAAGUGCCAGUUGCAGUUCAACAGGUAUAUACUAUUUAUGAUAAAAACUAGAUUCAAAAUGCAACGGUAAAAUUUGACGAGCCGAUCGCAUGUACUGGGAGAAGAAUCAGGGAAUGAUCACAUGUAUCUAAAAGUGCAAAACUGCACAUUUAUCCAAGCGGGUAUGUACGACGUAUACUAACAGACUCGUAACUUUUCGGAUGUCACACUGCGGUCAGGUAUUAGAGAAAUUGUUUUAACCGACAUCCUCUUCCUCAACAAGCAUUUACACUCGUCGUAGUAUUGCGUGCAAGCUGUAGCAGCCGCAUCACUGCCGUUGAAUUUCGAUUUAUCCUGUAAAGGCACUGAAAGGAUUCAUUCCCGCAAACAUUUAAUUUGCAGUCUGUACAGAAAUAUUGCUCACUCGCUUUGUAGGGUUAAGCAGAAAAUGUACGUUACGGGAGUUGAAGUUAACAAAAAAAGGCCGUUAACAUCUUGCCAAACAUUGAGAGCAGUGGCACAGAUCCUUUAAAAAAUCCAACCGUUGUCGCUCAUAAGCAGCAACGUCUGAAAUGUUGUCAAUAACGAAGGGCUACAGAAUCUACAAGAAUUAACUUCAUUUCCGCAAAAGCGUAAGUUCUACUACGACAAAUGAAUAAUAGGCAAUAAACAGGACAGACCCAUAUCGUCGCAAACGUUCACUUACUAAGCUCAUUGCGUAAUCACGUAGUCUUCUUUUUGUUCAUGUCCACAGAAACUCGCUAUGCUACGAGAGUGUAAUAUUUCACUGUCAUUAAUAGAUGGAUUAGUGUGUAAUAUCUCUGAGAUGGAAGUAACGUAUACUCUUUGUCUUGUAUUUACUACGUUUCUUCUUUAGUUUAUUUUUUUCUGUUUUUGCAUCUCCCUUAAAGAAAGGUUGUUUUCUAUUUAGAUACAGCCGCCUCAUAUCCUAUCCAUCAAAAGAGGAAAUGGCUUCUAAGCACGAAGGCAGGAAUACAAUAUCAUCAGCAAAAAUAAAAUAAAAACACAUCACUGUUCCACACAUUCCUAAAUUACGUACUCGAGGUAUCAUAAUAAGGCGUUUUUGGAAUCAGCUUCAUUUUGGAAAAUUUAAUCAUCUUUAUUAGUAGUCUGGAUGUUAAAAUCAACUGAAAUAUAACUAACAUCGCCUUUCGUGUGAUACUACAAUGAAAUAUUUUAUGGCAAUAACCUCUUAAUAGUACUGCCACAAUAUUCUUCAAAGUUCAUAUUGUGUAGGGGAAGGCUUAGGUAUAGAAUGUAGAGUGGCUUAUUCAUUCGAUACUAGACAAAUAGCCAGUAUGAACAUCCAGUAUAUUAAGGACUGUCACGACUUCACACAGACUUCCAGGCGCCAAUGUCUUCCUAUAUCUGAAAAAAAUGCCUAUUUGUAAUCUCACUGCUUUAUCUACGAUGGUUUUAUAUAGUGAGAAGUCGCUAUCUUCUAAUUGAAACGUAUUUUUGUAUGCUACCAGUAAAAUAAUUGACCCCAUCGUGGCAAUUUUCCAGUUAAACGUUGAACUGACUUUCAGAAUAUUGAGGCCUAAAAUAUGCAUAAGAUAUAUGGAUGUUAACUUUUUCAUUACCUCUUGAAAGUACUUCUACGCACCAAUUUACUACUUCGUUUGUGUAAUGCAACUCACCGACUUCUUUAUCCGACAUUCUUUCGCCUUCGUUAGAGCAUUCAGCGUUUUCUGGUUGUAUUAAAAUUACACUAUGGAAAAACUGGAAUCGAUACAGCUUAUCCGUAGUAACUUCACAAUUAUUAAACAGGGUCUUAGUCUAAGCUUACCAACAAUGAAAACUCUUAGGAAAAGAAAACCCCUUAUUUUCUCUAUACACAAUUUUUAAAACUGACAUGUUAAAUGUGUUAACUAACGCUGUAUAAAGUGUAUGUAAUAUUGUGUAUGUAAUAUUUUUAAGAAGUGUAAAUAACGUUUGUUGAGAUGUUUAUUGUGUGACAGAUAUAUGCUGGUGCGUUGUAAAUUAUGUAUGUAUCCAAAUUUAAUAAAAUGUAUUUGUUUUUAAA